ACUAUCUUUCUCUUCUCUAACAGCUUUUACACACACAUACAAACACAUUCUAAGAUCAGAUCAAACCCUAAGAUUAUGUUCUUUUUACCUUAAACCUUAAUCAAUCAAUUAUUGUUCCUUCUCUCUCAAUUCAAUCUUUGUCAUUAAUUUUAAGAUCAUUGGUUAGUUUUUGGAUCAAAAUUUGGGGUUUGAUUUGUGAUUAGGAGGAUUAAGUGAAUAAUAUAGAAAAAUGAUAUCGAAAUCGUAUGCGAAUUUGUUGGAUCUAGCUAAUGGGAAUUUUCCGGCUAUGGAAGAACCUAGAAGGAAGAUGUUACCUAGGACAAUGACUGUACCCGGGGUUCUAACUGAGCUAGAUGAUGAUCAAGCGAAUAGUGUUUCGUCCGAUGCACCUUCUACGGUUUUAGCGGAUAGGUUGAUAGUUGUAGCGAAUCAGUUACCGAUAAAAGCUGUACGUAGGUUAGAUGAAAAGAGUGGUGAGCCGUCGUGGAGUUUUAGUUGGGACGAGAAUUCCUUGUAUUGGCAUAUUAAGGAUGGUUUGCCAGAAGAAAUGGAGGUACUUUAUGUUGGGUCACUUAAGGUGGAUAUUGAUUAUAGUGAACAAGAUGAUGUUUCGCAGAUAUUGCUAGAGCGGUUUAAAUGUGUGCCUGCUUUUUUGCCGCCGGAUGUUUUGGAUAAGUAUUACAAUGGGUUUUGUAAGCAGCAUUUGUGGCCAUUGUUUCAUUAUAGGUUGCCUUUUUCUGCAAGCCAUGGUGGUCGGUUUGAUCGGUCUUUGUGGGAAGCUUAUGUGUCUGCAAACAAGAUAUUCUCGCAGAAGGUGAUUGAGGUGAUAAACCCUGAUGAUGAUUAUGUUUGGAUUCAUGAUUAUCACUUAAUGGUGCUCCCGACAUUCUUGAGGCGGCAUUUUAAUCGGCUGAGGAUGGGGUUUUUCCUUCAUAGUCCUUUUCCGUCCUCGGAGAUUUACAGGACUUUACCUGUGCGAGAGGAGAUCUUGAAGGCGCUGCUAAAUGCUGAUCUUCUUGGGUUUCAUACAUUUGACUAUGCUCGCCAUUUUCUUUCUUGCUGUAGUAGGAUGCUUGGUUUGGAGUACCAAUCGAAAAGAGGGUACAUUGGGUUGGAAUACUAUGGGAGGACUAUUGGGAUAAAGAUUAUGCCGAGUGGGAUCCAUAUGGGUCAGAUGGAAUCUGUUUUGAGGCAAUCAGAUAAACUGUCGAAGGUGCGAGAGCUUGAACAAAAAUAUGAAGGGAAAACUGUCCUAAUUGGUGUUGAUGAUCUGGAUACGUUUAAGGGAGUAAAUUUGAAGGUUUUAGCAAUGGAACAGAUGCUCAAGACGCAUCGCAGAUGGAUUGGCAAUGCAGUCUUGGUGCAAAUCUUGAAUCCUGCUCGUGGAAAAGGGCGACAUGUGGAGGAGAUAGAAGCCGAGAUACGAUCAAGCUCUGAAAGAAUCAAUCAAGAACUGGGAACUCCGGGCUACACACCUAUUGUGCUUAUUGAUAGACCACUUACAUUAACCGAAAAAGCGGCAUAUUACACCAUUUCUGAGGCUGCACUUGUCACAGCUAUAAGAGACGGGAUGAAUCUUACUCCAUAUGAGUAUGUUGUGUGCAGACAAGGGAUUUCAGGAUCCGAUGCUUCAAAUUCUCCCCAAAAGAGCAUGCUAGUGGUCUCAGAAUUCGUUGGCUGUUCACCUUCUUUAAGUGGUGCCAUACGGGUCAACCCAUGGAAUGUGGAGGCAACAGCAGAAGCCUUGUACGAGGCUAUUUCUAUUUCAGAUUUUGAAAAGCAGAUGCGUCAUGAGAAGCACUACAAAUAUGUCAGCAGACAUGAUGUGGCUUAUUGGUCCCGUAGCUUCUAUCAAGAUUUAGAGAGAACGUGUGCUGACCAUUUCAGGCGCCGAUGUUGGGGUAUAGGAUUGAGCUUUGGAUUUAGAGUUGUUGCUCUUGACCCCAUGUUCAGAAAGCUGUCCAGCGAUUCCAUCAUGGAUGCUUAUGGACGUGCUCAGAACAGGGCUAUCUUGUUGGACUAUGAUGGCACCGUCAUGCCACAAUCAUCUAUUGAUAAAAGUCCAAGUAAAGAGGUGAUGUCCAUUAUCAGCAGACUGUGCAAUGAUCCUAAUAAUACGGUGUUUGUUGUCAGUGGACGAGGUAAAGAAGAUCUUGCUAAAUGGUUCGCCCCUUGUGAGAAACUAGGAAUCGCAGCCGAACAUGGUUACUUUAUGAGGUGGCCGUGUGAUAAAGAAUGGGAAACAUAUGCCCAAGGUUCUCAUUUUGGAUGGAUGCAGAUGGCAGAGCCGGUAAUGAAAUUAUAUACAGAAUCCACCGAUGGUUCUUAUAUCGAACGGAAAGAAAGCGCAUUGGUUUGGCACUUCCAGGAUGCUGAUCCAAGUUUUGGCUCCGCACAAGCGAAGGAAAUGUUGGACCAUCUUGAAAGUGUGCUUGCUAAUGAACCCGUUGUUGUAAAAAGUGGUCAGUACAUCGUUGAAGUCAAACCACAGGGUGUGACUAAAGGUUUAGUUGCAGAGAAGAUCUUUGCAUUAAUGUUUAAGAACGAAAGACGGGCUGAUUUUGUACUUUGUGUUGGAGAUGAUAGAAGCGAUGAAGACAUGUUUGUGAUGAUCGGUGAUUCAAUAAAGGCAGGUGUAAUCUCCCACAAUAAAUCAGUAUUUGCUUGCACGGUUGGUCAAAAACCAAGCAGAGCGGAGUACUAUUUGGAUGACACAGUAGAAGUCAUAAACAUGCUUGAGAAUCUUGGAGAUAUAUCAGGUUCAGAUUAUUCUGAAGAAGAAGAUUUGGGGAGCUCGUCUUGAGCUUUCGUCAAAGCUCAUUUCUCUGCUUUGUUUGUUGACGUUUCUCCGUCAAUACACAAAGCAGAGUUUGUACAUUCUGAUCCAGCAAGCAAGGGGUAAAGAAGGCCUUUCUUUUUCGUUCGAUUAUUUUUUUGGAUAGGUUACAUGUGGAGUUUUUUUUUGUUCUUUCUUUUAUUGGAAACAUUGGAAGAUUGAUUAAAAAGGGGGGCAAUUGUUGGUACAUUGUGGACAUAGGCAGCCAGGGAUUUUGCCUUGCUGAAAAAAAGGUGAUUGUUUUUCUUUGUUUCUGUCUCUGAAUGAACAGAUAUUGAACUCUUGAAUUGAUGUAAAUCUUGAUAGAGUUUUUGCCUUGCUUUAUUUAUUUCAUAAA